AUGUCGUCUCCGGAUUCAGAUCCUGAUUACUGCGGCUCCCAAAAUGAAGAACCGGAUCUUGAUUGGGAUCAGUCUGGCCCGUCAACACAACAAGAUGACCCAACCGGUCCCUUUUCGGCGACAUACACAGAAGCUAGCCAUAUGGAGUGCAGCUCGGAUUCACCUAUUAGAGCGGAUGAGCUGGAAUUCGGUCCAUUCACUUCCAACGACGAACAGUCACCAAGACGUGAUGAUGAAGUCCCAAAGGGGCGAGCGAGCGGUCUCGCGCCGUACCGACGUGAGAGGCAGAAAGACGUCCUGUUGAAACUGGACUGUCCGGUGCGCGGGUGGUCCCUGACGGAGAGAGGUGCCGCCCUUCAUGUGAGCCGAUUUCACGCCAAUGUCGCGGUUUUGCCUUGGUCAGACUGGGACAACCCGACCCCUGAAACAUCCAGCUUGACUAUUUGGGCCGUGGUGACCACCGUCCCUUCAAAAAAGGGGGGCAAAACCUGUCUGUGCAUGCUAGAGCAACACACCACACGGUUCCAUCAAACAUUAUCUGGACGUGGUCUCGCCACGGAGCAAACGAACUUACGUCGUUACAUGAUAAUUCUCCACCGGCAUCAAUACGAUCGGAGGCACCAGACGACGAUUCGGACCGCCCCCAAUUGA